AUGAAGUGUGCGGGAUGCAUGAAAUCAGUUAAAGAAUUAAGUGGAAUUAAGUGUACUUCUUCUACAUGCGAAAAAACCUUCUGCGCUCUCUGCAGUAAUGUAUCAAGUCUCUCAGCGGAUCGCAAGAAAAACUGGAAGUGCCCAGAAUGUUGCGCUUCAAGCAAGAAAGGUGGUGAUAAUAGUCUAACACCGAUCAGGACUGGCCACGAGAAUGUUACCACUCGCAAAAAAACUGAUUCCACUGGUAAUGAAUUAGGUAUGUUGACUGAACAGCUCCGAUCUCUUACACAAGAAUUCUCUUUAGUUAAAGAGAAACUAGAAGAUCUCACGCAUUCUCUUUCACAUACCAAUGAGCGAAUGGACGACAUUAUGUCGAAGAUAGUCACUACAAACGAAAAAAUAAAAUAUUUGGAAAACAGAGACAGAGAAUUAGAAAACCUGCAGGCUACAGUUUCUCUCCUGAGGAAUGAAGUAAAUACGCAGGCUCAGUUCAAUCUGCGAAAUGAGAUUGAAAUCGUGGGUAUCCCUGAAAGCGCAAAUGAAAGUUUACAACACAUAGUUUUGGUGGCGGCUAGGAAGGCGGGAGUUGACUUAGAAGACAGCGACAUAGACUGGGUUGCCCGUGUAGGCUCAAAACGACCCCAAAUGACCACUACUUUGCCUGAGGACCGGCUUUCCACGCCGAGGCCAAUCGUUGUCCGACUACUCCGUCGCUCUAAACGCGAUAAUUUCUUGAAGUCAUCAAAAUCACGUAAGGGUAUGACAAGUUCUGACUUGGAAGUGUCGGGUAGCUCCAUGAAAGUCUUUUUCAAUGAAAGACUCACAAAAGAAAACCGUUUCUUGUUUCGUGAAACACGUCUCAGAGCUAAACAGCAUGGAUACGCCUUUUGCUGGUGUAAUCAGGGUACUAUAUAUGUUAGGCAACGUGAGGGCAAAGGAGCUAUUCGAAUUUCCUCCCAUCAGGAGCUGGAUCGCGUACUUCCCGUGUCAGUGGAGGCGGCUGCCUCCAAAUCUACAGAAUAA